AAUGUCAUUUGUCAAUUUGUCAUUGACCGUUGAGUUGACGGAUUCACUUCAACGACCUACAAAUUUGUAAAGGUCGAUCUUACGGCUUUCUAUAAUACCGUCCCGACUAACUGGACGGAAUAGUUUAGUAUAUAUCAAUAUACAAAAUGCUGCGAACGAUUAUUGUGCGAAACCAAGUUUUGAGCGAAAGCUUGAAAAAAGCUGUUCGCGUUAAUCUUACGAGAUGUAUGACCACGGAAUUAAUCAGGAGGAAAAGUUCCAAUAAGUUCAUAAACUCAGAAUCGAAGAGUGGGUUAUUGGCACUACAAUGGAGGCCUCAAAUACGCUACUACUCAGAUUUGCCGAGCCACAACAAGGUAAAUCUGCCUGCUCUCUCACCUACCAUGGAAAGUGGAUCCAUUGUGAGAUGGGAAAAGAAAGAAGGAGAUAAGCUUGGUGAAGGUGACUUGCUCUGUGAGAUUGAAACAGAUAAGGCGACAAUGGGUUUUGAAACACCUGAAGAAGGUUACCUAGCAAAAAUUCUAAUUCCCGAAGGCACAAAGGGUGUCCCUGUUGGCAAGCUACUGUGUAUUAUUGUGGAAAAUCAAGCCGAUGUUGCCGCAUUCAAAGAUUUCAAAGAUGAUUCAACAGGAGCGCCUGCGAAACCAGCGCCCGCCAAAGCUGCGGAUGCGCCUUCGCCAGCACCCGCUGCGGCUGCGCCCCCCUCCCCCGCCGCCGCGUCCCCUAGUCCCGCAGCCCCUGCAGCCCCCGCGCCUGCUGCAGCCGCCGCUGCUCCUGAAGGCAGAGUAUACGCCAGUCCCAUGGCCCGCAGAUUGGCUGAACUCAGAAACAUACGACUUGGAGGCCAGGGGUCUGGAUUGUACGGGUCGCUAAAGAGUGGUGACCUCGCAGGCGCCGCGCCACUCGCUGCAGCCGGCGCCGUGGCUGCCCCGGCUUUUGCCUCCGCCCCCGCCCCCACCCCGGGCGCCGCCUUCCUCGACAUCCCUCUGUCGGGCAUGAGGGAGACCAUAGCCAAGAGACUGUCCGCCGCUAAACAAACUAUACCUCAUUACCAGCUCAGUGCUACAGUUAACAUUGAAAAGACGCUGAAAAUGAGAAAGGACAUCAAUGAACGAUUGGCGAAGGAAGAACCAGGGCUUAAGAUUUCAGUGAAUGACUUUAUCGUGAAGGCCGUAGCGUCCGCCUGCAAGCGCGUGCCCACCGCUAACUCACAUUGGAUGGAAUCUUUCAUUAGACAAUUCUCCAACGUAGACGUGAGCGUAGCGGUGGCCACGCCCACCGGACUGAUCACGCCCAUAGUGUUCAACGCGGACUCGCGCGGUGUCAUCGACAUCUCAAAGACCGUGAAGGAGCUCGCGCAGAAGGCGAAGGACGGCAAGCUGCAGCCGCAGGAGUAUCAGGGUGGCACUGUCACCGUCUCCAAUCUUGGAAUGUAUGGUAUAACAAUGUUCAACGCCAUCAUCAACCCGCCACAGUCUUUGAUAUUAGCGUGUGGAGGCUUGCAGGAACUAGUAAUCCCUGAUAAAAAUGAACCACAAGGGUUCCGAGUUGCCAAAUUCGUGACAUUCACUGCGUCAGCUGACCAUAGAGUGAUAGAUGGUGCGGUGGGCGCGCAAUGGAUGAAGGCGCUCAAAGACAAUCUAGAAGAUCCCGCCAACAUGAUUCUUUGAAAAUGGCGUUAGAACAUCAGCUGUUUGGAUAAGCAUAUAGAACACGGUAUAUAGAUUUUUAACGAAACCCCUUUACUAGUGAAUUUUAACGUGCAUUUUUCCAAAUAAAAUGUUUAGUUUUUAAAUGAUUGUAUAUAUUUAUAAUUUUGUUUAUCUGUGGCAUUCAUUCUUUGUUUGGUUUGACUACAAGCUUUUUAGCUCUUAUUCUUAUCCAAUUAGCUGUAUUAUUUGUAUAAAGUCAUGUCCUUCAAAAUGAUGUUUUCGCCAUUGUUAUUUUUGACGUUUACUUUAUAAAAAAAAUAUAUAUGAAAGUAUUGUACGGUUAUUUAAUUAUGGUUAUUAAAAAACAGUUUUUUUUCGAAGGAUGUGUAGAUAGUUAAUAUGAGGGUGAUUAAUUUAUCAUUGUUAAUUUAUUAGAUUUCAUGCAGUGACUUAAUUUCAUAGUUCAUUUGAACUUAUAGAAAUAUAUUAGAUAGUUGAAUAAAUGUAUGUAUCUCGGUAUAUUAAUUGUUGAUUGUGAUUUAGCAACGAAUAUCAAAAUAAAGGAUCAAGAGAAAAUCAUAUUUAUUUAAGCAUCUAUUUGCGAUAUCAUUUUUUUUUAUAAAAAACUGUUCUUUUUUUGAUUUGAAAGUCUAAAUCCCCAUAUAAAUUUGGAGCGGAAAUCUGUUAUAUUUUGCUAUUUGAGAUUUUAAAACGAUAACCGUUAGCGUUAGAUUGAAAUGCUUUGAGUCUUGAGGACCUGGUUUAAUCGGAGUCAAGUCCUGAGUUUCCACUGAAGGAACAUGUUUUGUAAAACAUUUUUUAUCCGUUUUUAAACAAAAUGAAAAUCAUACAAAAUUAAAUGUAUUACGUAUUAUACCUUUUCGGUAAAGGGAACUCACGCAUAGGCUCUAAAGUUUAUUUGACGACGUAAUUCAAAUAUUAACUGGAAAAUCUUGUUCCAUAUUUUGAUUUGUAAUAAAUUGAGAUUAGAAGGUUAUUUUGAUGACGCCUUUGAUUUUCUGAAUCACUUAUUUUUAAUCAGUUCAUUAUUUAUUUCCUUUAGUAAUGUAGAAGUUGCGAAUACGCGUCAUACGGUCGAUGUAAAUAAAACAAAAUGGCGCCCAAGCGGUGGAUCAUCUGAUUAUGUAUUAAUUCUGCGAAACUGUAAUAAGAUUAAAUGGAUGUUAGUAAAAUAAAUUUAUUAAUUAAAA